AUGAGUCUGACCCCACUCACGCCGCUGGGCAGCAGCAAACUGCCUCUUGGCGUGCCGUCCAGCCCACCGAAGCUCGCAACGCUUCAAAGUCCUGCGCUCAGUGGAACCUUUGGCCAACCCGAGUCGCCAAAGAAGCUCCUCAGCGCCGUGCAGCCGUCAGCGCUGGCGUCCUUCGCGCAGAGAGAAGCCUCGCGCAGCCCAGCAGCGUCGUCACUCAACAAGUACGCGACCUUGGCGGCACCCAAGACGUCGGACGUCGAAGAGGAAACGCCAGCGCAGAAGGGCCCGUCCUCGAUGUAUUGGACACGUCGGGGCAAGUACCACUGGGCUACGCAGCCCGACGCGGUCAGCGGGAUGUGA